UCUCUCUAUCAAGAGUUUUCUAUCUCUCUCUUCCGCCAUUUCUCUUUCUCUCUCUCUCACUUAAAAAAACCAGUGGCUCAAUGCUCUUCUGCCUCUGCUUCAUUUCUCUAGCAGAAAGCAGAAAUCUUUAGCUAGAGAGAAGAAGAAGAGGAGGAAGAAGAAGAGUGUUUGGGAGAAAGGAAAGUACAGAAAGAAAAUCUUUCUUUUUUCUUCUGUACUUUCCAUCUCUUAUUAGAGAGAGAGAGAGAAACAGAAAAGAGGGAUCUGAAACAUUUUGUUCUGGUUUCGACUUUUCUGUUCCGACCCAAUAAAAAAAAUCCAUUCUUUUUCAGCAUUCAAUUUCAAAGAGAAACAAAGAAAGAAAAUCCCUUUUGUAUUUUCUCGAGAAAAUGGCAGAAACAGCUCAGAAAAUUCUGAUCCCAGAAACGUUUCAGGGAGGACCUGGUGUUGGAUAUGACAUUGCAUCUCAAAUUGGACUUAUGUGGGAGCUAAUUAAAGCACCAUUGAUAGUCCCAUUGCUGAGGAUUGGAGUUUACAUUUGCUUAGCUAUGUCUUUAAUGCUUUUCAUGGAGAGAGUUUAUAUGGGAAUCGUCAUCGUUUUGGUCAAACUUUUCUGGCCAAAACCAGAGAAAAGAUACAACUAUGAACCCAUUCAAGACGACGUCGAAUUGGGCUCCUCUAAUUUCCCUGUCGUUUUGAUCCAAAUCCCCAUGUUUAACGAAAGAGAGGUUUACAAAGUCUCCAUUGGAGCUGCAUGUGGGCUUUCAUGGCCGUCCGAUCGUCUCGUGAUCCAAGUCCUCGACGAUUCAACUGACCCAGUAAUUAAGCAAAUGGUGGAAACUGAGUGUCAAAGAUGGGCUAGUAAAGGCAUAAAUAUUAGGUACCAAAUCAGAGAAACAAGAGGUGGUUAUAAAGCUGGUGCUUUAAAAGAAGGUCUUAAAAGAAGCUAUGUUAAACACUGUGAAUUUGUAGCCAUUUUUGAUGCUGAUUUUCGACCGGAACCGGAUUAUCUCCGACGUGCUAUUCCUUACUUGACUAGAAAUCCCGACAUUGCUCUCGUCCAAGGUCGAUGGAGAUUUGUGAAUUCUGAUGAAUGCUUGUUGACAAGGAUGCAAGAAAUGUCAUUGGAUUACCAUUUCACAGUUGAACAAGAAGUUGGUUCAGCCACACAUGCUUUCUUUGGCUUCAAUGGAACUGCUGGUGUUUGGAGAAUUGCUGCGAUUAACGAGGCCGGCGGGUGGAAAGACAGAACCACUGUCGAAGACAUGGAUCUCGCCGUUCGUGCUAGUCUUAGGGGAUGGAAAUUUGUCUACCUUGGUGACCUUCAGGUGAAGAGUGAAUUGCCUAGUACAUUCAACGCUUUUCGAUUCCAGCAGCAUAGAUGGUCAUGUGGCCCAGCAAAUUUGUUCAGGAAAAUGGUGAUGGAGAUUGUCAGAAAUAAGAAAGUUAAAUUCUGGAAGAAAGUGUAUGUUAUAUACAGUUUCUUCUUUGUGAGAAAGAUCAUAGCUCACAUGGUGACUUUCACAUUUUACUGUGUUGUACUUCCUUUGACUAUUUUGGUUCCUGAAGUCAAAGUUCCAAUCUGGGGAGCUGUCUAUAUCCCUUCUGUCAUUACUAUUCUCAACUCUGUUGGAACUCCAAGGUCAAUUCACCUUUUGUUUUACUGGAUUCUGUUCGAGAAUGUUAUGUCGAUGCACCGAACAAAGGCGACUUUGAUCGGUCUUUUGGAAGCCGGUAGAGUCAACGAAUGGGUUGUCACCGAAAAAUUAGGAGAUAUCGUCAAGAACAACGCUGCUGCUGCUGCUAUCGCCAAGAAAACACCCUUCAAACUCUUCAAAAAACCCGGGUUCAAAUUCGGUGCAAGAUUACAUCUAUUGGAGCUUGGUUUUGGAGUGUUCCUCUUCUUAUGUGGAUGCUAUGAUUUUGUUCAUGGCAAAAACAACUACUUUGUUUACCUAUUCCUUCAAACCAUUACCUUCUUCAUCUGUGGAUUUGGCUAUGUUGGCACCAUCAUACCAAGCUCAUGAUCUUAGUUCAAGCAAAUUAUUAUUUAUUAUUAUUAUUAUAAUUAUAUAUAUUUAUAUACUUUGAAGAAAAAAAAAACAGAAUGAUUUGUUUUUCACCCAAGGUCCAAAAAAUCCUUGUCAUCUGCAACAAAAAAUGUAUAAGUGAGGAGGAAAUUUGUACCAUAUGUUCUCAUCAUCAAGCUCAUUUUUUAAGUUAAGAAAACGAAGCGUUUUAUCGGUCGAUCGAUCGGUGGUGCGGAAAUGAGGAACAAAUAUUGAAAGAAAAUGUUGUUCUUGAUGUUGAUCACUUAGAUAAGAUGCAGAAAACAGCAUAGGUUUAGAGUAUUUAGGCAAGGAGAUUAUUAUUAUUAUUAUUAUUAUUAUGUUGGUUUUUAAAUUUUAUUUUUUGGUAACAUUGUAAUUUUAUUUUUUGGGUUAAAUUUUGUUUCCUUUUAUUUUUUUUGGGGUAUUUUGUAGUUUUUUUUUUUGGAAGAAUUGGGUGGGUUUAGGUUAGAUUUGCUUGGAAUAAUAUCUCAUAGUUGAAAAGGGUGUAUUUGUAAUUUAUUACCAUUUGAUGUCUCUGUAAACUUCUUUAUAUUAGAGUGUAUUGAAAAACUGUAUGGAAUAUAUAUACAGGAGAAGGUUCAGAGAGACUAAA